UCUUCAAUAAGCCCUAGCCCAAGCCCUAGCCCUAAAUAAUUGCUAUGUUGCGCGGCUAUGGAGUCCCCGCCUUGCCCCGUAUUGCGAAGGGUUUCUCUCCCGGGAGGUCGAAUUCCAGCGGUGUGAGCUCUAGCGUCGGGUGGAGGCGCCAGGCGAUGGCGGGAGUGAGCAAGAGUGUCAAUGGAGCUGGAGCAGUGCCGCCGCCGGUGCAUCCGACCUACAAUUUGAGGGAAGUGAUUCAGCUCGCGCUCUCAGAAGACGCAGGAGAUCGAGGGGAUGUCUCCUGUUUGGCGACUAUUCCAGCGGAGAUGACAGCGGAGGCUAGAUUUCUUGCCAAAGAAAAUGGUGUGAUCGCUGGCAUUGCUCUGGCGGAUAUGGUUUUUCAAGAACUCGAUCCUUCGCUGAAAACUGAUUGGGCAGUGGAGGAUGGGAGCACCGUGGAGAAAGGCCAAGUUUUUGGGAAAGUAUGUGGCAAUGCGAGGAGUAUCUUGACAGCUGAAAGGGUCGUUUUAAAUUUCAUGCAACGCAUGAGUGGCAUCGCCACUGCAACAAAGAAAAUGGCUGAUGCUGCGAAACCAGCGAGAAUACUGGAGACGAGAAAGACUGCACCUGGCCUUCGUCUGAUUGAUAAGUGGGCCGUUUUGAUUGGAGGAGGAGAGAACCAUCGAAUGGGACUUUACGAUAUGGUUAUGGUGAAGGACAAUCACAUAGCAGUCGCUGGCGGUAUAGAGAAUGCCAUCUUUGCAGUGACGAAGUAUUUGGAAGAGAAAGGACUUGAUAUUGGCGUCGAGGUGGAGACGAGAACGCUAGAUGAAGUGAGGCGCGUUCUUGCCAUUUUAGACAAAGGCAAAGUCACACGGAUAAUGUUGGACAAUAUGGUGAGUACACAAGCAAAUGGAGAUAUUGAUGUGGGUUUACUACGAGAAGCUGUUGAAAUCGUGGGCGGCCGAGUACAAACGGAGGUAUGUAUUAUGCCUCGCAAGAUUUUCUUGACUCUUAUCUUACUGCAAGAUCAAACAGGCUUCUGGAAACGUUACUUUAAGCACAGUCGGAAAGAUUGGGAGCACUGGUGUGACUUACAUUUCGAGUGGCGCUUUGACACACUCGGUCUCAGCAUUGGACAUCUCUUGCAAAGUUGACAUUGAUCUGGCCCUUGCAGUCGGCAAACGAACAAACCGUGCCUGAUAAACAAUGGAAGUGGGACUUAAGUUUCGAGCUUCAACUUAUGGCAAACCUGAGCAAAGUUCCGGAUUCAGGAACUUCAGUCUCCCAGCUGGUACUUAUAGAUCUGUUGCUAAACUAUGCAGCAAGUUUAUAGAUCCAUGUAUAUUGAAGUGUCACACAGAAACAAUUUCAUAAGCGCUUGAGGAUAACAGUCACACAUGCCUGGUCAGUAUAAUAAAGGAGGUUGUGAACUCCAUUUUCUUA